AUCAAAAUCACAUGGUUUGGAUUUUUCGGUCCAUUUACUAACCCUUUUUAAAACUAGAUUGAAUAUAAAUUUAAAAACUUUAGUCAACGGCCAGAGGAAUACUGAAAGACUAGUAUAAUGAGGAUUGAAACAUUACUCAAAACUCUUUUCUGUGUCGGUAUUGCAACUGCCUAUCCUAAAUUUAAAGAUAUCCUUCCGAAUGGUAACGAAGUACCACAUCCAUGUAAGGCGAACUACUUGUGGCAUGGUGUAGGUCACAACAAUCCACUUGGAGGUGGAAGUAGAAACCAGUUUGGUUUGGAUUUUAAAACAGCGGGAUUGUCAUGGACACCUGAAUUAUGUAGAAAAGAUUCUGAUGGAGACGGACGAACAAAUGGCGAAGAACUUGGAGAUCCUAAAUGUGUCUGGAAAGAAGGAAGUUUACCAUCACGUUUAUCAAAUAUAACACACCCAGGAGUGUGUACGUUAUCAGAUGGGUCUGUAUGCGAUGCUGAUAAGGGAUGGGUAGAUUGUCAAGUGGAAGAUGGACUGAAAAACUGCGAUGUUUUGAAAGAACCAGAGACAUUAAAUAGAACCAUUCGCUUUCCUGAGACAGCAGUGCCAGCUGAAGAAACAACGUAUUCCUGUAUGAUCUUCAAUCUUCCUUCUGACCAAGAUUAUCAUCUGAUGGCAUAUGAACCUUACAUAGAUAAUGAGAUGGUCAUGCAUCAUAUAAUAAUUUACGGAUGUGAUCCGAAUGAGGACCCAGUGCCAGACGAACAGCUUAACACAGUUACCAAAUGUGGCAUGAGCGCAGCUAGUAACUGUAAUCAAAUGAUCGGACUAUGGGCGGUUGGAUUUACUGGAUAUUGUUUAGAUGGACCAAUGGGAUUCCGUAUUGGUCAAAGUGGAUUCAAACAGGCCGCAUUAGAGUUUCACUGGAACAAUCCGCAGUUAGUUUCUAACUGGAAAGAUUCAUCGGGAGUCACUCUUUAUUAUACUCCAAAACUCCGAGAUAAUGAUGCUGGUAUUAUGAUGACUGGUCAGACAGACCUUGAAAUUCCACCAGGACAACAGAGUUACACAGUAGUAGGAAAAUGCCAUUCAGAAUGUUCCAGGAAAUUAAUACAAGCACCAAUUAACAUAUUUUGGGCUACAAACCAUAUGCAUUAUCUAGGACAUGAAAUGAAUAUAAAGGUAUACAGAGACGGCGUUUAUUACACAGAACUCACAAAUGAUGUUAUUUACAACUAUGACAGUCCUGUAGAGAAAAAGUACUCAACUGCAGUUCAAGUGCUACCAGGAGACGAAAUUGUAACGACAUGCAAAUUCAAAUCACUUUCUAGGCCAAAAACAACGUUUUAUGGUGAUGCUACAAGUGACGAGAUGUGUUUCGGAUUCUUGGCGUUUUACCCUGCUGCAAACAUGCCAUUCUCUACGUGUACAGCAUGGAAAGAUAUCUCAAUGUGCAAUUUGUGGGUUACACGAGAACAUGAAGAUUGCAAAUGGUCUGAUUUUAUGAAUGUCAAUGUAAACGAAACGAAGCGCGUAAAGGAUGAAGUAAUGGCAAAUUGUAAACCGUUCGGGAAUUGUCUAUCUGAAUGCAAAGCGACACUUGAGGUCCUUUUUGCAGAGCAUCCAUGUAUGAAAGGUGACGUUUACGAAUUGAUUAGACAAAUGUCUCUUCAGUGGGACAAUAAAGAAAUGCAGGCAUUCAUUGUAGCAGUUGAUUCAUGUAAAGCUGAAAUGGCUGCCGAUGCAUACCUUCAAAAUCUUACAAAUAACAAUGUUAAUGGAUCCGACCGAUUGAAUGGGAUCAGUUCACUGCUUCUGUUAACUCUGAUUGUGUAUAUUAUGAACACAUAAAUAUUUUACACCCUUUGUACUCUUUAAUCAAAAGUUCGAUAAGAGUUAAAAUAACACCAAUUGCUCCUCUUGCUUUACAUUGUACAUCUACUUCGCCAUUCUAGAAAGAACUUGCAUCUACCAUUAAUAGGUAUGAUACAUUUAAGUCGAUGACACAAACCCCAUGGUAAACAUUUCUAUUGUUGACAUCCUACGUCGAUUCGAUGAAGCGUAUCGCUUUCCUUUUCCUUAAUGCAGAAGUCAACUUAUUUAACUUAAACUUUGGCUGUGUAAGGUCAACUGAAGCCCCAUUAUACACAUCACUAUAGAUGAUGUCGAGGACAAUUUUCUCUGGAAUAUUUAUGCAAACUGUCCGAAAUACCUGAAUUUACGCUGAUCGAUUAUAUCAUACGGUUCGGAUUCAACUGCACCAGCUAUGAUGCAAAACACUCUAUUAAGGAUAUAAAAAUACAACUUCGACUUACCAUUGAGAGAUAAUCAUACAAGCGAAUUAAAAUUGAAGAUCCGAGUUCUUUUCAUUGCUGAUCCCUUUAAACAAAAAGGGGCCAUUCUGGAGCAUAGAAAUUUCCUAUCUCUUUGGUGCUCUCACAUUAAUAACUAGUUCCCAUCUUAAAAGUUUAUAUUUUAUUUCCUUUUUUUAACGAAUUUUACUGCAUAAUUAUGUGUGAAUGCUUUUUGCAUAUUUCAAUAUUCAUGAAUUAAAAUUAUUGAUUGACA